AUGAUGCGUAAACGUUGUUUUCGUCGUCGCCGGCGAAUGCUGGUUUACAAAUCACUUGUCAAUGUGGACGGCACUCUUGAUGCUUCGACAUCUUCUGCGAAGGGUAAAAAGAAUGAAACAAGAGGUGUAGGAAAGGAUGCAUGUGGAUUGCGAGGACCACGUCAUGCACGGCAUCGGUGGGAUAAGGUUGGAGAAUGGGAUAAAGUGGUUCUGAAGAAGAAAGAGCAAGACAUUCCAAGUACACAUUCAAAUACAGCUCACUCCAUGAAACAAGAGCCUGAAAAGUUCCUUGCUGCUUUCAACCUGCGGAAUGAUAUUGAUACUGGAGACAUGUCUGAAUAUUCGAAAAAUGUGAAUAACUCAAAAGAGGAAAACUAUGAACAGGUGCCAUCCAAUAUUAAUGCUGCAGUGAGAGGACAUCAGGACAGCGGAUUCAGAUUCAUCAUUCCAGUCGAGAUAAACAUCAAUGAGCAACAUGGAGGGAUUUUUCAACAGAAUAUUUUCAAUAUUGCCAUACAGCUAUGGAAACCAAAUGGUACAGAUGAAAAAAGAACAGGGUUGCAAUCCAAACAAACAGACUCCCAAAGCACGGGAAACACUAAUUUGGAUUUAAUUGCAGAAAAUGGGCCUAACAAAAAUGCAACCAGCAUGAACAUUACAGAACUUGCUGAUAAGCAUAGCCUGGGGAAGCUUGGUACAAUUUCUGACAACACAAGUGAGCACCAAAUUAAGAAACUUGACUCAACAGAUGCAUCAAUUAGACAGUCUGAUGUUCAACCUCCAAAAAAAGAGCUGGCAGAUGACAUGACACGGAUCCUCGGAGGGAAUCCGGUGCUGCCACACCAGUUCCCUUGGCUGGCUGCCCUCCUGCUGGACGGAGAGCUACAGUGCGGUGCGGUCAUCAUCUCCCAUCGUUGGCUGCUCACUGCAGCUCACUGUGUCACUUUGUACUCCAGCUCACAGCCUCUUCUGGCUAGAUUCUCGGUGUACUUGGGCGCACAUGACAUAUCUGCAAUCUCCGAGCCUCAGCGUUUACAGAUGACACUCCGUCGUGUGGUUUUUCAUCCAGGGCAUUUGACUAUUCUCAGAGACAUUGCUCUUCUUGAAUUGAAGGAAAGCAUCAGUUACUCAUCUGUGAUCAGGCCAAUUUGUUUGCCAAAUGCUGAACAAUUUGAAGCUCUAGAAGAGGCAGGCACCCUGUCAGAGGUGCUGGGCUGGGGAGAGGUGGGAAACAGCCAAGUGUCAGCGCUGCCGCUGCUGGCCCCAGUGCAAGUGGUGGGCCGUUCCAUCUGCCAGCGUGCCUGGGCUGCACUUGGGGUCACGCUCCCACCCUAUACCCUGUGCUCUGGCUCGCAAUCUGCUGGCACUUGCAAUGGAGACAGUGGAGGAGCCCUGAUGGUUCAGGAUGUUGACGGACUUUAUUAUGCCACAGGCAUAAUCAGUUUUGGAGCUCCAAAAUGUGGCACUCCUGGUAUCCCAGAUGUCCACACUCGCAUUGUCUCCUACUUGAAUUGGAUUUCUUUGGUCACCAGCGGUGGUGGUGCCUGGAAUUACUCAUAA